AUGGUGGUGUGGGUACAGUUCCCGGCCCUCCCCAUUCAUUUUUAUCACAAGGAGGUCUUGUUCUCAUUGGGUAACAUGAUUGGAAGAGCCAUUAAGCUGGAUUAUCACACUUUACACCAGGAAAGAGCCAAAUUUGGCUGUAUUGCGGUGGAGGUAGAUCUCUCAAAACCUUUAGUUCCCCGCAUAUGGCUGGACGGAGCAUGGCAAUAUCUGGAAUACGAAAACCUAGCAGUGGUGUGUUUUGAGUGUGGUAAAGUUGGUUACAUCUCAAGUACUUGUCCUUCGCUACAAACAUACGAGCAGAACAAUCUUGAGAAGGGUUUGGCGACAGUGCCGACCGACACUCCGGCGCCGGAGAAAAGCGACGACGAGAAAACAGGUUUCGGCCCAUGGAUGCAAGUUUCUCGUAAAUCACGGCGGGGGAACAAGAUCGGUGAGAAAAGGCAAGUGGGCAACAAUACAGGGAAUAAUCUACGCAAAGAGGAAAUAAAUGGCCUCCACAAACAAGGAAAGGGAGAAGGGUUACAAAAGGAAAUGACAAGCAAACAAGGCAAUACUCAACGGCAGAGAACGUGA